CAGCGCGGCCGGGACUCUCUGUCGUCGCGCGGAGCUGAAUGGAGGCAGCUUCUUCCUGGUGGAUAAACAGUGACAGCUACAGGGCAGCCACCUCGGCUCUGCCGCCGCUGCCCUGGCCCACAACGCCGAAAUGGCUCCAGACACUGCUCACAUCGCGCAGUUGACUUCUGAACUGUACUUCCUAAUAGCCCGCUUUCUCGAAGCUGGACCGUGUAAAAUCGCGGCCGAGACCCUGAUAAAGGAGGUGGAGGAGAAGGAGCUGCUCCCCCAAAGGCUGGACUGGACCGGGCAGGAGCACCCCGGGACGUACAAAAAUUUGGUGAAGUUAUACCGGCACAUUGGUGCAGACCACCUUCUCCAGAUCUGCUCCAGAGUUUGCCCGCUGCUGGAAAAGGAAGUUCCUGCCAGCGUGCUCGGACUCAGUAGCCUACUUGGGGCUGGCAGGCAGAAUCUCCUCCGGACCGACAAAAGUUGCAAACAUGUUGUGUGGAAAGGCUCAGCACUGGCAGCGCUACACUGUGGACGGCCCCCAGAGCCACCAAUUAUCUAUGGGAGCCCACCAAAUAUUGUGGAGACGAGCUACGGCCGUCGAUUGAAUGGUUCCUAUCGUCUCCGACAGCUGGUGCCUACCGCGGUGUACCAGCAUAUGAAGAUGCACAAGAGGAUUUUGGGACACCUGUCGUCUGUCUACUGUGUCACCUUCGACAGGACAGGACGACGCAUCUUUACCGGCUCUGACGACUGCCUGGUGAAGAUCUGGGGAACAGAUGACGGGCGUUUGCUGGCCACGCUGCGCGGCCACGCUGCUGAGAUUUCUGACAUGGCCGUCAGCUAUGAAAACACCAUGAUUGCUGCUGGUUCGUGCGAUAAGACCAUCAGAGUGUGGUGCUUACAGACUUGCGCCCCUUUGGCUGUGCUGGAGGGACAUGCGGCCUCCAUCACCUCACUACAGUUUUCUCCUCUUUGUAGCGGCUCCAAGCGCUACCUGUCGUCCACUGGAGCUGAUGGGACCAUCUGCUUCUGGCAGUGGGAUGCAAGGACGCUGAAGUUUGGUCACAGACCCAGUAAGUUCACAGAGCGCUCCAGACCGGGUGUCCAGAUGAUCUGCUCAUCCUUCAGUGCAGGUGGUAUGUUCCUGGCCACAGGAAGCACCGAUCACAUCAUCAGGGUUUAUUACUUCGGUUCAGGCCAGCCAGAGAAGAUCUCCGAACUGGAGUCUCACACAGACAAAGUGGACAGCAUCCAGUUUUCACACUGCAGCGACAGGUUUGUGAGUGGCAGCAGGGAUGGUACUGCACGAAUCUGGCAGCUGCAGCCUCAGGGCUGGAGGAGCAUUCUGCUGGACAUGCAGACCAAAUUACCCGGGAAGUACAACCCUCCUCCUCUGGAAGACAAGGUGACCAAGCUAAAAGUUACCAUGGUAGCAUGGGACCGCCAUGACAGCACAGUGAUUACAGCAGCCAAUAAUCUCACCCUGAAAGUGUGGAACUCCAUCACCGGAAACUUGGUCCAUGUCCUGAUGGGUCAUGAGGACGAAGUAUUUGUUCUGGAGCCACAUCCUUUUGAUCCACGGAUCCUUUUCUCAGCCGGACAUGAUGGGAACUGCAUUGUGUGGGACCUGGCCAGAGGAGUCAAGAUCCGUUCCUAUUUCAACAUGAUCGAGGGUCAGGGCCACGGAGCUUUGUUUGACUGCAAAUGCAGUCCAGACGGGCAGCAUUUUGCAGCAACUGACUCCCAUGGACACUUGCUCAUCUUUGGUUUUGGCUCCAGCAGCAAGUAUGACAAGAUAGCAGAUCAGAUGUUCUUUCAUACUGACUACCGGCCGUUGAUACGGGACGCCAACAAUUACGUGUUGGAUGAGCAGACUCAGCAGGCACCACAUCUAAUGCCCCCUCCCUUUUUGGUGGACGUGGAUGGGAACCCUCACCCCCCGAGAUACCAGCGGCUGGUUCCUGGCAGAGAAGACUGCAGAGAGGAGCAGCUAAUCCCACAGAUGGGAGUCACUUCCUCAGGGCUGAACCAGGUGGUCAGUGAGCAGGCGGUAGAUGGCCCAAGUCCUCUGGACACUAUGAUCCAGAGGCUGCAGCAGGAACAAGACCAAAGAUUGGGAGCCAAUGAUGUUGCUGCUACUGUUCCAAACACCAGGUCCAACAGAGGAUCAGUGGGUUCACCCACAGAGGUCCACUCACCACCCAACGUGGGUCUUCGACGUAGCGGGCAGAUCGAGGGUGUCCGCCAAAUGCACAGCAAUGCUCCCCGCAGCCAGAUGGCUACGGAGGGAGAUCUGGUGGCUUGGAGCCGCAGAGUGUUGGUCCCAGAGCUGGAGGAUGCCUCAGUCAGGAGACAGGUGAACUGGCGUGAGGCUAAAGGGGAGGAGGAGAUCAAUAUUUAUCAGUCAGAAAGGAGGAGACGCACCAUCCACUCCCUCCCCAAAGAGAGCAGAGCUCAUCCUACAUCAGAGUGUGUUGUUGACGAGGGAAGGCGUAGCCAGGGUAACCACGGUUACCACACUCGUGCUGCCAUGGAGGAGACGAGUCGUCAGAGUGCUGAGGUCGCCGAUGACGACGAGAGCACGUCUGAGGGAGAGGUGGAAGUAAGGCAAAUUAAUGGACACUCCUCAGAGGAGGAGGAGAAGGAGGAGGAGGAAAAAGAACCCUGGCCAGAUGACCACAGUAGUUCAAGCGAGUACUCCAGCGAUUAUUCUGAUUGGACAGCAGAUGCUGGAAUCAACCUGGAGCCUCCCAAAAAGAGCGUGAAAGUGAAAAAGAAAAGCAGCGGCUCUGAGGAGGAUGGAGAGAAGAAGAGGGAGGGGAAGAAAGAAAGAAAGAAAGAAAAAGCAGACAAAGAUGGUGCAUUACCAAAGAAAAAGCAGCCAAAGGAGAAGAGGAAGAGGACCGAAUUUCAGGAGCAAGGGCUAACUCUGGAAGAGUGGCUUCCCUCGGCCUGGAUCACAGACACAGUUCCUCGGCGAUGUCCCUACAUACCCCAGAUGGGAGACGAGGUAUAUUACUUCAGGCAGGGCCACGAAGCCUACGUGGAGAUGGCCAAACAAAAGAAGAUUUACAGCAUCAAUCCGAAGAAGCAGCCCUGGCACAAGAUGGAGCUACGGGAGCAGGAGUUGAUGAAGAUCGUUGGAAUUAAGUACGAGGUGGGCUUGCCCACACUGUGCUGUCUGAAGCUUUCCUUCUUGGAUCCUGACACUGGAAAACUGACAGGAGGAUCCUUCUCAAUGAAGUACCAUGAUAUGCCUGAUGUUAUCGACUUCCUGGUUUUGCGGCAGCAGUUUGACAAUGCCAGAAAGAGGCAGUGGAGUAUCGGUGACAGGUUUCGGUCGGUGAUCGAUGAUGCCUGGUGGUUUGGGACCAUUGAGAGCCAGGAACCCUACCAGCUCCAGUAUCCUGACAGCUUGUUUCAAUGCUACAAUGUCUGCUGGGAUAACGGAGACACGGAGAAGAUGAGUCCUUGGGAUAUGGAGCCCAUCCCUGACGAUGCAAUGUUCCCGGAUGAGUUGGGCUUGAGUGUACCGCUGACAGAGGAGGAGCAGAAGGAGCUGCUGUAUGUGCCUCUGGAUGGCGAAUGGGGUUGCCGCACCCGCGCAGAGGAGUGCGAACGCAUCAUCAGCGCUAUCGACCAGCUUUGCACACUCGAUGUGGCAGCGCCGUUUGCAUUUCCCGUGGACCUCCAAGCAUACCCCACGUACUGCACAGCGGUAGCCUAUGUCACCGACCUCAGCACCAUACGCCAGAGGCUCGUCAACCGAUUCUACAGGCGACUGUCGUCUCUGAUGUGGGAGGUUCGUUACAUUGAACACAACGCACAAACCUUCAACGAGCCGGGGGCAUUCAUCGUCACCACUGCCAAGUUUGUCUCUGACCUCAUGCUGCAGUUCAUUAAGGAUCAAAGUCUGACAGACCUCAUGCCCCUUUACAAAACUAUGAAGAAAGCCACUUUCUCUGACACUGAAGAUGAGGAUGAAGAUGAAGAUGAGGAAGACACCAGUACCCCAGGAACAUCUACACAAAACCACAAGGGUCGUCGACCUGCACAGCGCCAACUGAGGACUCGACCUCAUUCGUACGACCCUCAUGCAUGGAAAGCUCGCUGUAAGGAGCUGCUGGACCUGAUCUUUCAGUGUGAAGACUCUGAGCCUUUCAGAGAACCUGUGGACCUCCACGAGUACCCGGAUUAUCUCCAAAUAGUCGACUCACCCAUGGACUUUGGUACCGUUCUCAACACAUUAACAAAAGGAAAGUACCAGUCUCCCAUUGAUCUCUGCAAGGAUGUCCGGCUCAUUUUCAGUAACUCCAAAGCUUACACGCCCAGUAAGAAGUCACGGAUCUACAGUAUGAGUCUGCGGCUGUCUGCACUGUUUGAGGAGCACAUCGGCUCCAUCCUGGCUGACUACAAGGCCAUCCACGGCCUGACAGAAAAACUGACCAGGCAGGGCACAGACAGACAGACACGACACACAACAGACAGACAGACACGGCACGCCAUGAAGAGGCGGAGGAGGAGGAGUGAAUCUCCCACCAGCAGCACUGCAUCUAGUCCAGACAGGAAGAGACGUGUAUCAUCCAGAGGGACGGGGAAAAGGGAGCCAUCACCGCCACCUCCUCCUCGCCACGCCUCCCUGAGACAGACCAUCCCCCUCAAACACCCCGCUCACCUGGUCAACGGGAAGGCAGAAACUGCAGCUGCAGGGCGUACACGUAGCGCCGCGCGCCACUCUGCGCACUUUCCACCCUCCUCCUCCUCAUCUUCGUCUCAUAACUCCACAGCCAACACGCAGAACACCACAGAGAUAACGCGCUCGCUGCGAGCACACAACUCUGCGCCAGCUUCGACUCCCGCAGCCGUUGAUAGUUCGCUUUCUUCGGAGGGUAACAGUGGAGGAAGCGCCAGGCGGAAACACAGGACUCCAGUUCGGCACACAGCCGCUUCUCCCGUCAGCCCUUCUCUUCAGAGCACAGCACACCUGAAUGGCCACAGUAGUCAUGUGACCCUCAGUAUAGGGAGGAGGGGCCGGAAAUCCAAGGUGGACCAACUGGUGAGCCCUCCGGGGGUCACAACCCCACCGAGCCCCUCCCGACCCAGAGGCCGCCCUCCUGGUAAGAAGAGAGGCAGAAAAAGUAAGCAGGAGCUGGAGGAGCAGAGGAGCAGCAACAACAGGAGCUCCACUCCUGAGGAGGAGCUCGACCAAUCCACAGGCGACGAAGGCGGGACAUCCUCAGCGCAGGAAACAUCCAUGCUGUCAGACUCUGGCGUGGCGUCUACGCCGAGACGGCGCGGUCGGCCCCGAGCUGUAAGAACUGAAGAGAGUGCUCCUCCAACGGAGUCACCUGAGCCUUCUCCACUGAGGAGGAGCAGCAGGCGAGCCAACGAGGAGGUCACGCCUCCUACACAGUCGGUUCCUCAGCGCUCCGUUCGGAGGGACUCUCCAAAAGAAGACGUAGGGGACGGGGCAGGAGGGUUGAUGCGCACACGUAACCAAGGACGACGGUCCGCCUGGUACAUGGAAGAGGACUCUGAGGAGGAGCAGAGGCAGCUGCUGUUUGAGGACUCAUCAAUCACCUUUGGCACCUCCUCAAAGGGACGUGUCCGCAAACUGACCGAGAAAGCCAAAGCCAAUCUUAUCGGCUGGUAACAGACACGGAGGACGAGAGGAGCAGAGACGCCUCCUGUCACGCUGCCUCGACAGAUAUGAGAAGUUUUUAUCCACUUAGGAGGAGGGCGGGGCUUCUUCCAGACGCCACCUGUGUCUUACUCCAGUAAGCACGUCACUGAUGGCUGUCUGACAACACAGCAUGUCCAUGGCCACCUCCUACUUUAUUGGUCCAUGUUGGAUCCCAUGGACGCUUAGAGACUCCAGUCUUGGUGGUGUUUUUAUUUUCGUCUUCUGUCUCACCUUAAAGAGUUCUGGUGUCAGUCGGAAACACUUUUAGUACUUGAAAAAAUGAGGAGAGCUGGAUGUUGCUUUGUAUUUUGGAGGAGCGUCUGGAUGUGUAGGUCAAAUAUGUCCAUCGAACUUAAGUUGUGUGGACAUCUUCCCCCCGGUUGAGUUCUGUGACCGACUGUAGCUCGACUACAGACAGCCGACGUCUUUCCGCUUUCUUCAUCGUUCCCACAAAAAAACAAAAACAAACACUGCUUUUUCUAGGAUUUCUACUUGGUGAUGAGGUUUUGGACGUCUUACAAGUUGGGGCGCCUGAGUGUGUCUGUCUGUGCUAAAAUACCAAAUGUCGUACCUUCACCGGUACUGUAGACGUGUAGGUUUUACUCAAUAUGUGUGGAUGUGUGUGCUUGUUUUUGCAUGCCAGUUAGGAAGUUUAGAGGCCAGUUUCAACCAACGGGAGGAAAAAAUAUGUCAGUUAUGGGACGAUAGAGUAAAUAAAAAUACCACAGAAAGCUGAGUUUAAAAUUUCAACAUAUUAUGUCAUAAUUAUAAAUUACAAAGCCAUUAUUUUGACUUAGUCACCCAUAAUUGUGAGUGGAAAUUUUCAAUUUUUGAAUGAUUGUAAUGGACGUACCAAAUUCAAAAUGUCAAUUAUCCUAUAAUUGAAAUUAUCUCAUAAUUGACGUAGAAAGUGGAAUGAAAUAGAAGGUGAAUAAUUCCUGCUUUGGUAAUGAUAAUAAUAAUUAGGGCUUUAAAAAGUUGGUUUUCAACUGUUCCCUUCUGUGUAUUUAUAACUUGGAUGGUCUUAUAUUUUGAUAUUUUAAUCUUGUAAUUGACUUACAAACUCAAAUGUUAAAUUGAGAAUCAUAACUUCAGGUCAAAAUGUUAAAUCCUCUUAUAAAUGACAGUCAAAAUUUCAAGUUAUCCGAAUGACUUAAUUAAUAUAUGACAUAUUUAUUUUAGAAAGUAAACGUUAACUUAUUUCACCAUUGCAAAUUACAAAUGUCAAACCUUUGCCUUUCUCCCCUUCAUAAUUACGACUUUUUAAUCGAACGUUCCAUUUAGAAAUCCAAAUGUCCAACUUGCAGUUAUGAAUUAAAUAAUUGUGUGACUGAUGUAGAUUGUUGAAAUAGUGUCUUUUAAUAUCUUACACUAUUCAUUUAGAAAAGGUCAUGGCUUUUGCUUUUUAUUUUUUAAUUGAUUUAGAAACAUAAACAUUCAUUAUUUAUUACUAAUUUAUUACUUAUUAUAAUUGACAUUUGAAAUGUUUAACUUGACUUUUUAAUCUCAUGAUUUGUUUAGCAUUCAAAAUCUGACUUUCACCUUUUUAAUCUCAUAACUGAGUUGGAGAUAAUAAAUUAAUAUUUAUUAUUCUCAUAAAUUAUUUAUUAUUUGAAGAGUUAAAAUUUGACUUAUCUCGUAAUUGACUCAGUUGAAUUUUUAAUCAAUUGAAUUUUGACUUUUUAAAGUUUCCUUCAUCAUACUUAUGGCUCAGCAAUUUCGACUUGGUAUCAUAAUUUUGACUUUGAAAAUCAAACCUUCAAUUUUAUCUCAUGAUUUCAACUUCUGUGAUUUUUAUUCUACCAUUCUAUAAUUGUAUUUUUUUUUUUAACCUCCCACAGCGGAAACAAGUUCCCAUCAGAAAGAGGCGACGCUCUUUUUGUUUUUAGUGUGGGGAUGAAAGUGUUGUGACUGAGUGAAAGGGUAAAUUUUUUUACUUCUCAAACAUUUCAGUGUCCUCAACAUUAGCAAUACCUUGUGCCUUUUUGUCUGUGUGCGUGCGUGCGUGUGUACACGUGCACUGCAAAGUACAUGUGCCUGUAUGAACCUCAUGUAGUGAGCGCUUGUGUGAGUGGGUUUUUUGAAUGCGAGUGCGGUUGUUGUUUCAGCGUACAAACAGUGGCAAAACACACUGAUCAUUGUGAAACUUCUCAAAGAAAUGUAUUUAUAGCAGAUAAAAAACCUAAUUUACAGUUGUAAACGUACCAUUCUUCUUGUCGAUAUAUUAUCCUAUAACCAACCUUUUGUCGGUUUAUACAUUAGGUACGGCGGCUGGAGCGUUGGGUGGUCAUAGCUUUGAGAAGCACUUACCACAGACAGGUUUUUAGUGCAGGAAUAGGCAGUAAAAUACAGCUUUUUAAAUCAGUUAACAUAAACUUUUUAACUGUUUCUAUGGUGACCACACACUCACACAGUUCAGUCUCGCAUGCACUUUCUCAUGCCUGAAGCGGAGGAUGGAACCACAGAAAACAAGUGGACUGAAUUUGGACGAACAGAGACACAGGGCGCGUAAUCCUCUUUCUUAUUGUGUGCCUUCACAACUUUGGCAUAUUGAGUCCUUUUCAGCUUCUCCUUUUGUUGUUGUUGUUGUUGUUGUUGUUGUUGUCCUGGUUCUGUUGGUGACUUGUUGAACUGGACUUGGACCUCACCUGGGGUCUCGACUAAAAACAGAUAUGUCGCUCUCUCUGCACUCACACCAUAAUGGUCUGUAUUCACUGCGUCAUUUCUCUUCUCGGAACUAAAUGCCUUGCAUUGUGGGAGCGACUGAGUGAAGGCGGUCUUUGGUGGUACCACCUCUAUGCUCGUGUCAUCGGUUCUUUUUUUUUUCUUGGUGUCACAUAAUACUGAACAUAUAUUUGUUUAUCAUUUUAAAGCUUUUUACGUUAGUGUGUCUGGAUUUUUAAUGCCAAAAUUUUGUUGUUGGGCACUGAAGUUUUAUAACACGGCUUUUGAAUGUGUUUAUUUUCUGAGUCUGUUGACUGUAGCCACAAUGAAAGCGUUGAACUCCUUUACAUGUAUUGUACCUUUUUUUUUUUUUCCUGUUCCAGCCAUACACAGCUGUUUUCAGCUGCUGGAUUUGUGCAGUUAUGUUGUUCCAAUGUGGUUUUAUACAGUUUUAAAGGUGGAUCUCCCCGUUGAGCAAAUGGCUGUAUGUUGUGUAUAUGAAGAGUUUUAUUCCAAAUUCAAUCUGAGACCUCCCUCUUUAAGUGACUGAAGAGGAAAUUAAAUGUCAUUAAGGUUUCUAUGAAAACAAGCAUUGCUGGCCUUGAUGGCCACCACACCAAGACUUUAGAAAGAAACUGACCAACAAGCUCAGUUCAAACUACAUGCACCUUCAAUCACGCCUGCUCCUAAUUUUCAUCAUCCACUCAAACAGCAGGGGGCAGGCAGGUCUAUGCAUAUUAUACAUAUGCAAAACAAACUUGCAUUUUGCAUUGAUCUGAUGUAUCAAGACUUAUAAGGUGAUAGUUAUUGUUUAAACUAGACUCAUUCAAUAAUAUACUAUUUAUUCAUUCAUUCACUCAUUGCAUUUUAUGCUGUCCAUUGCUAAGCUUUCUCAACGCUUAGGGAAAACAUCCCCCCCCAAAAAAUUAAGUAUUUGAAAAAACCUCUACUGAAAUAUUUCAUAACUUUGAAUCAAAAUAAAACUAAUAACAUUCCAUUCAUUUUAUAUGCCCACUUAUUCCAAUUAAGAGGAUAAAGGGCUCCAAUUAAGCUGGUGCCUGUUCCAACGGUAACUGGGUAAAAGGCAGGGUACAGGACAAGGUGCCAGUCUAUCACAGGGCCAAACAAUAAUUUAAAAUAAACAAAAUAGAUCAACAACCUUCACAGGCACAAAUAAUUCUAGAUCAGAAUAGAUUCAGAAGUCUCAAAUUUAAGCUAGGAGCUCAUUUUAAAAACAUGUUUACUGGGGGGGGGGUGAGAAUCUCAAAGGUUUCUACAUUUUAUUUUGUAUUACAUGUUUCUAUUAAUUUCCUAUUUACAAUAAGCAUAUUUUAGGAAUUAAAACAAAACAAAAAACCCAAAUCAUUUAAAAGAUUCCUUAAAAAAGAAAUUACCAGUAUUCAUUUAUUUCAGACAUGACUCACAUUUCCUGCUUUACAUGGACCUCAUUUGGUUUUCUGGCUAGAACUGGUGCACCAUUUUUGAUUGUAAUGAGCUUUUAGUCACGUUCAGUCUAAAGUUGACAGCUCAGAUUAACUUUCUUACUGUGAUGUUCCACAUGGCGGGGAGCUUAUAUCCAGAAAUCUGACCCAGAGUCCGGCAGGUUGUAGAAUUGGUGAGCCACAAGGAGAUGUUCUGGAACUAUUUCAGUUUUAAGGGUAUGGGGAAAAGAAACAAAGGGAAGGUUUCCCAUUUUUAUGUAAACUGAUUAAAGAGGGUGUCUUUAUUAAUUUGGAUCCUUUUUUAUAAACACAAAUGGUUAAAUGCAAAAAGAUGCAUAAAGCUAGAAUGUAUGUGUUGGUGGGGGGGUCCUGUUGUCCUGUUAGUUCAUGCCAAUAUUUUAAGUAAAUAAACUUGUGUUUCCAGAUCCACUU